AUGCCACUGAUUUAUAUUAAGAUUUUAGCCGUCGCAUAUGUUAUAGGCUUUAGUGGCAAUUGCAGAUAUUUUGUCUUUGGGGCAGCAAGAAUAAAUGAAAGUUGUGUUACACAUGACAAUACCAGCUGCAGUGUAUGCUGUGCUAGUUCAAAAUGCCAUAAUGAUGGUAAUUUUCCUAAUGCAUGUGUAGAUGGAUGUAUAGAUGGUCAUAGAGGUUCUAGAUGCUAUGAGCUUUGCAAAUUUACAUGCAAAUCUUGUUAUCAUGGUGUAAGUUACUGCGAUUCAUGCUUUGACGGAUAUUCCCUAGGACCGAAUAAUGAUUGUAAAUCAAAGUGUCCAUCCAACUGUGAAACCUGUACUUCUGAUAUUAACUGUACAACUUGUAAAGAUGGAUUCGUCAAUAAAGACGGAAACUUUGAUUGUAGAUAUUCAAAUUGUCCUGAAAAUUGUCAUUGCAAUUUUUCGACAUGUGUAAUGUGCAAAGAUGGGUUUUUUGACACAAAAGAAUCAUGCAUGAAUAAAUGCCCGGACAAUUGCUCUAGUUGUUCAACAUAUACGGAUUGUAAUUCCUGUAAAGAUGGAUUUUAUAGCAGUGUUGACCAGAAAGUAUGUUCAAAGUCAUGCUACAAAGAUUGUAAAAGUUGCUCCUCGCAUGAUAAUUGUUUGAACUGUAAUUCUGGAAAGUUUGGUCGUCAAUGUCAGAAUAAUUGUUCAAUUGGUUGCAACGAUUAUGUUUGUUCCAUUGAAAUUGGAGAAUGUAAUUGCUUACCUAACUUUGAUGGUAAAAGUUGUUCAGUCUGUGUACCAGGAUCUUUUGGUACUUCGUGUAACAAGACAUGUCCCGAUAAUUGUAAAAACAAUGUAUGUGGGAGAACUCUCGGAAACUGUACAGAAGGAUGUAAAUCAGAUACCAUGUCUGGCAGUUACUGUGAAAAGUGUAUUGUUAGAAAAUAUGGGUUAAACUGUGAGAACAAUUGCUCGGAAAAUUGUUUAGAUGGAAAGUGUGACAAGGAGAACGGCACGUGUUCCGCGGGUUGUAAGAAUGGUUUCAAAGGAACAUUUUGUUUGGAAUGUGUUAAGGGUAAAUAUGGAGGGGAAUGUCAUGGCGACUGUCCAGAUACUUGUAAGGACAUUAGAUGUGAGAAACAGUCUGGGCAUUGCUUUAAAUGUAAGGAACAUUUUGAGGGAAUGAUGUGUGAUUACUGUAAACAUGGCUUCUAUGGCUCAGAAUGUAAACUAGACUGUUCCUCAAAUUGUAUGAAUGUUUCCUGUAAUAAAGAUUCUGGGAAGUGUAACCUGGGAUGUAAGAAUGACUACUCUGGAGAUAUGUGUUGUUUAAACAACAAGAAUUGUUUAUACUGUGCAAAUACCACAGUUUGUCGUGAAUGUAAAUCUGGGUACUUUGGUCAAUUCUGUAAUCAAACAUGCAGUGAUCUUUGUAUAAACAAUGAUUGUGAGAUAAAUACUGGUAUUUGCACAGAAGGAUGUAAAGCGUCUUCGCAAGAUGACAUAAUUUGUGUUCGAAGUCAAGUCAGCUUUGCAUUUCUGUCUUUCAGAAAUAGGCGAACUGAAAAUCCGGCUAAUAAAAGAAGAAACAGACCCGGAUCAAAGAAAGACGAACAUGUUUAUGAGAAUUUCAAAGAAACAGAACUGAUUGACAAUAUUCAGGAGGAAGAAAAUGCAGAUAACUCUGUAUUUGUGUCUGUUGAUAUUGAUGAAAUUCAUACAGAUACAAAAUCUGGAAAGGUAACAAAGCCUAAUAACGCCUAUCAUCCCGAUGACUCAGCAGAUGCAUCUGACAAUGAUGAAUAUGACGGUCCAUUUGAUUUAGAUAACCAUAGAGUGAAAGUUACAGAUCUAUUUUCGUAUGUCACCAAGAGACACCCAGAUUCUUUUUCAAGUGAAUUUAUGAAUCUCGCUGAAGAUCUAGAUUUAACAAAACAUUGCACCGUUGCCAUGAAACCAGAAAAUAUUUUCUUUAAUAGGUACAACAGCUUGUAUCCAUGUAA